CACAGUGAUCGAUGUCUCCUGUGCACGGCUCACUCCCCAACCCAUCCGCACCAUCACAAAGCAGCCAGUCAAACGCGCAGCUCUCUCCCCCUCGCCCAGACAGAGCAGAGCUACCCGCACAGCCAGCAAGAUGCUUGCGACACUGGUGGGUGUUUUUAUCGCGGUUUCCCUCGAAGUUGAAAGCAGGCGUCCAGAAGCGACCAAUGGUGUCAGUUUCCUGGAUAAUGAGAAAUGGUUGACUACUGUCUCCCAAUAUGACAAGGAGCUCAAAUACUGGAACAAAUUCCGAGAUGAAGUAGAGGAUGAUUAUUUCAGAAGCUGGAAUCCUAGCAAGCCGUUUGAUCAAGCCCUGGAUCCAACUAAAGACCCAUGUCUGAAGGUGAAGUGCAACCAACACAAGGUCUGUGUAACCCACGACUACCAAACUGCAUUUUGUGUUAGUCGCAGACAACUAAUGCACAGCAUCAGGCAAAAAAAGGACAGUCUUCUUCGUAAACAAUGGAUCGGAGGAGCCAACCUGGUCAAAUGCAAGCCUUGUACUGGGGUGCACCCUGCCUCUGUCUGUGGGUCUGAUGGCCACACUUACUCCUCUAAGUGUAAAUUGGAUUACCAAGCUUGUUCUUCACACAAAGCGAUCACCAUGAGAUGCAAGUGGCCUUGUCCUUGUCUUCCUGGCCAAGAAUCUGUGAAAGUGAAAAUUGAAAAGACAGAGGGGAUCAAAGCCAGAACUGAAGGAAGAGAUGCAAAUCAUUCAACUUUAAAAGUAUGCAAUGAAAAAGAGCUGAGGAAUCUGGCUUCAAGGCUGAAGGAUUGGUUUGGGGCUUUACAUGCUGAUGCCAACCAUGAAAUACGGGUUAAACCAAUCAAGCAAACAGAGCAGAAACGAUUUGACACCAGCAUUCUACCAAUCUGCAAGGAUUCCUUAGGCUGGAUAUUUAACAAGCUGGACAUGAACUAUGACCUCUUGCUGGACCAGUCAGAGCUGGGCACCAUUUACCUUGACAAGUACGAGCAGUGUAUUAAACCACUUUUCAACUCCUGUGACACAUUUAGAGAUGGAAAACUUUCAAACAAUGAAUGGUGCUACUGUUUCCAGAGGCAGGGAGGUCUCCCAUGUCAAGCAGAAAUUAAUAAGAUUCAAAGGCAGAGCAGAGCGAAACAUCUUUUAGGCAUUUAUGUACCGAGAUGCACCGAGGAUGGAUAUUACAAACCAAUCCAAUGCCGCAGCAGCACAGGGCAGUGCUGGUGUGUCGACAGAUAUGGAAAUGAAAUAGUAGGCUCGCGGAUACAAGGGACUCCUAUCUGUGAAGAAGAUCAGGAGACCUCUGGUGAUUUUGGCAGUGGUGGGCUCCAUGUUUUGACUGAUGACCAGGAAGAUGAUAGAGAAACUCAAAAGGAAGAGAAAGUACCAGAGGGUGGCGGCAAUGAAGAUGAUGAAGAUAGUGAAGAUGACAAAGAUGAUGACAUUGGCUAUAUUUGGUAGUUGUAUUUAUUGUAUUGCUACCCUGAACUGUCAUAUUUUGCACACUGCUCUAAUUCAUUCUUACCUCGGUUUGUUCACAGUACUGAGGAUAUGUUGCAUCUGAGAUAAAAAAAUAAACAAAAAUAACUUGUAGAUAUAAAAUGUUGAUCUAACUGGGACCAUUUAGUACAUCUGUUGAGCAUGCUCGGUAGCAAACUCCAUUUUGACAUGUGUACCUCCACAAAAGAAAGUUAAUGUUCCGAUUUACAGCAGGACUCCUGAAAAUGAGCAGUACAAUGAAAUCCAUUCACAUUAAAUAAUCUGUAACAUUCAAUGUUUUUCUAAAUAAUUUAAACCUAAACUAUGGAGCUUUCUUAACAUCAAUUCUUAGGCAGAAAAAGAUAAUCUCAACAAAAACUAAUUUAUCUUAACUGGAAUAUUUUACUUGUGCUAGUAAAAAUUCUUUACAUAGAUAUAUGUUCCAUUGAAGCAUGAAACCCCAUCAUUAACCUCACCACUACAGCCAGGACCCUGUAGAGUCACAUUGAGCUGAAAAUUAGUUUGGUGUCGCUAUUAAAGCCAUAAGUGAUAACAAUGAACAAGCAACUGCAUAAUAAAAGUCAAGGAUAUUGCCCCCAAUUUUUGAAGGAAUUAUUUUUAAACUAUUUACUUGGGCAGAGCUAAGAAUCGCUGAUGAAGCGGAAAUUCAAUUUACUUUCAGCGGGCAGACGAUAGAAGAAUUCUAUCUACCUGCCCAGUAAUAGAGGCCUACAUAUCAUUUUGUACUAUCCUAAUUAUAUUACUGGAGCCACAUUAUUGGAAUUCUGUUAUCUGCCCCUACCCGUGUAAAAGGCGUGUAAACAGAGCUCAUUGAGAAAGAAAAUUUAAUUAAAAUCUGAUUCUCCUGUGAGGAUCAUACCUUCUACAUUAUGUGCAAAAGGGGCUAGUGCUAGGGUGAGCAUGUAAUGAUAAAUCCUUCAUUAGAAGACUUUUAUUCCUUGAUAUUGUUCUCUCUAAAAGAAGAAACAAUACUAGUAAUUUUGUUCUGCCUGAGCAAUUAUUUAUCUUCAUAACUUUUUUCUGUAUCUUUAAUGCUGAAAAUUGAAAGUGCCAGGCUUCGAAGAUUACAUUGAAAUAGUAAAUAAUUCGAUUCUUAGCAUUCCAUAGAUGGCACAAUGAUUCCCACAUUCUCACCCCCCAGACAAUACAGGUCUGCCACCGAUUGCCCGGCACCCUUGGUUCCAGAGCCCUGCCAUAUUAUCCCUUUUGCCGGAUCAACAGAGAUCACAUAAUGAUGAUACAAUAGAUCUCUGACCCACUAAUUAUACCCAUCCCGUGUCUCUUAAAGCACCAGGGAUUGCUAGAUACUUAAAUAAAACAAGUAUGAAAUACAGCGAAGCUUGCAUUUCCUGCACGGUCAGCCGAGGGCAACGGUUAACGUGUUGCCCUCAGACGUCCUUACGAAGGUCAGAUCGGUGGCUGCCUGUGGGGCUGAGGCUCUGCAUUCCCGGCAGGACUACCAAGCCGACCCCCACUGACCUGAGAUUUGCCAAAUCUACCAGAAAUGUGGUAGGGUGGGCGGGCGUCUGGGAGGAGUCCAACGGGACCAGAACGGUCCGCCUAGGCCGCCGGCAUUGGAGGUCAGCAAUGGGAAUGGUUCCGCUUACUUCGGCCGGGCCAUAGUUCCAGAGCCCCAGCCGCAGGGGGCGAAUUCAAUGUGCUCAUCAGAAAAACGGCUGCAGAAGUCCCAAUGAGGUUGAGAUCAAACGUCUCACCAGGCCUAAGUGCUACAUUUUCGGGGGGGGGGGGGGGGGGGGGGGGGGGUAUUUAUGCUCUCCUAAUUCUGUCCGGAUUAAAAGAGGAGCUGGAACAUCAGUUGCCGGAAUAUCGGUGGUAUACCUGUAAUACUCAUCCUUUCGCCAUGCUGCAGCAUGGUGUUCAAUGGCAUUGUGUGCCUUCUUCUCUGGCAGGAUAAAUGUAGGCAAAUUGGCUUCUGCAGUCAGGUUCAGGACUCAUGAAACAGAUAAGGGGCUGUCCCACUGCAGUAACCUAAUUGGCGAGUUUAGAAAAUUUUGCCCUCGACUCAUACUCGCAGCAUAGUCGAGACGAGGACCUAGGAUGCCU